UUAGGAUUUAGGACUUAAGGGGGGGACUCUAUUUGCGUGUUAACAUGCAUUAUUAGUACUUUUUUAUAGCCCGAUGCAUGAUGUAACAAAAUGGGCCUUGAUGGCAUGAACACCUGCAAAUGGGCUUUCUCGUUUCUAUUUCCUCUCCGCGUGGGCUGUUCCCCGAGCUUUCUUCCAUUUUUCCCUGACCUGGUUUUAUCAUCAUCCACCUCAAAUUCUCAAUGAAUCUCUAUUUUUUUUGGAAAUAAAAACAAUUCUUUAUUCCUUGGAUUUCCUUAAGGACGAAGUUCCAAAAACUGAAGCAAGGGGGACACUCUUUUGUAAUUUCAACGCCUAAAAAAGCAAUCGAAACCAAGCGGUUCUAUUUCGGUUCUCUUAUCGAAACUCUGAGGAAUUUCUCGCCUGAAUUCACAUAUUCAUUUCCACUGCACUUUCUAAUACUCCUCUUCUGACAUCCCAUGGGGCUGCUUUCCAACAGGGUUGAUAGAGGCAGCCUCAAACCCGGUGAUCAUAUUUAUUCCUGGCGCGCCGCUUAUACUUAUGCGCAUCACGGUGUCUACAUCGGGGACAAUAAGGUAAUACAUUUCACUAGACGUGGCCAAGAGGUAGGAACAGGGACCGUACUGGAUCUUCUAUUGGUCAGUUCAGGACCUAAUCGAGGUCAUGUUCCAUGCCCAACCUGCAUUUCUCCUGCAGACGGUCAUGGAGUUGUUAUCUCAUGUUUGGACUGCUUCCUUGCUGGUGGUGUUCUGUAUCGCUUUGAGUAUGCUGUAAACCCUGCUCUAUUUCUUGCAAAAGCACGGGGAGGAACUUGCACCCUUGCUGCUUCAGACCCAGAUGAUGAUGUGGUUCACCGAGCAAAGUACCUUCUUGAGAAUGGUUUUGGAUGCUACAAUGUGUUCAAGAACAACUGUGAAGACUUUGCGAUUUACUGCAAGACGGGAUUGCUUGUUGUAGAUCAAAGUACAAUGGGGCAGAGUGGUCAAGCUGUGUCCAUUAUAGGCGGUCCUCUCGCUGCUGUUUUAUCUACACCUCUGCGUCUUGUCACUACUAAUGUAUACGGAAUGGCGGUGACUGCUGUUGGGGUUUAUUGCGCAAGUCGUUAUGCUGCUGAUAUUGGGAUGAGAAGAGAUGUCGUGAAAAUGCCGGUGGAAGAUCUCACAGCGAGACUGGCAACAGGGCUCUUGCAGGUUAUUUCACCAAGCCUUCCGGUUCCACCUUUGCAGCCGUCUCCUGUGAGCUAGCCAGUGGUUUUAAAUCAUCAGGUCAAUGGUUUAUUAUCCAUAAAGUGUGCUGUUUUGUGUCAAAAAACAAGUGUUAUCAGUCUGAUUGUUGAUGUUUAUCACCCAUCAUGUAUCUGUACUAGUAUCUGUUUCGUUGUGUGGGCCUUCUAAUUUUUAUGCCCCUAUAAUACUGAUCAUUGUAAUGCAUGUAUCAUUUGUUACUGCAAAAACAUAUUCCAUCUAGUGGGAUGAAGACUUUGUUGUUGUCAGCUGUAGCUGCAAAAUGAGAGCUCGCCAUCCGCUCUUUUGUGCUAAUUUCGUAAAGCUGCUAUCCUUCAUUUCGAGAUGUGUUGGCACAACCAUGUUAUGCAAUGAAAGUUUCAACCUCGUAGCCAAGUACCGAGGUCGUCGUCCAUGGUGUUUUCUAGCACUAUAGACACUGGAAAGAACGGCAUCGGCACCUACCAUUUGGAUUCCAAGCCAUGAGUUCAUACAAUAAACUAGUGUCUAAGACUCUAGAGAAUUUGAAAGGUUGGAACAUCUUACAAAGGUUCUCAGUUUUGGGCGCGUUGCAGGUGGCAUUGGUCACAGGCCAAGCUGGAAAAGUACCCAAAACAAAAAAGUGGCCCAUUAGUCAAAGGAUUGUCAAAUUGUCAUGUCAUCGGCCUUCCGGCUUCACUUUGAGUAGGCAAAAUGAAACGGAUAGAGGGAAAUAAGGGAAUCAUGGUCAUGAUGGAGAUUCCAUGUGUUGAUCCCCAUCUGCUAAAAAGCAAACCAUUGCAUAGGACGACAUACUUGUCUAAAUAUUUGGUUCAGAAUAAAAGGAUUGGAGUUUUAAUAAAAAUUUUCAAGUUCAUACAGCUAACCGUGCCUCAUACACAUUGUUGAAUUCAUGAAAGUUAUCAAUUAAAUACAAAAUCU